AUGCAGCCGAGGUCGCCUCGUGUUCAUGUUCUAGGACUUGGAAGCAUUGGAUCAUUUGUAGCUCAUUCACUUGCCGAAGUCCCAUAUCCCCUUACUCCAUCAGUCACUUUGCUUCUCCAUCGGUCGUCUCUCGUGGACCAAUAUUUCAAGAAUGGCAGCAGAAUCACACUGGAGACGAGGGAUGGAGAAAUGGUUGAACAUUCUAAUUUCAAUCUAGAGUUUCUCCAAGACAGCAAAUGGCACGGUGUAUCUUCAACAUCAGAGCCGGAAGGUAUGGCAUCGACCGUUCGUGAGGAGAUCAUUGAUCACCUUGUUGUCUCAGUCAAGGGGGCGCAAACAGUUGCUGCCAUACAACCGUUGAAGCAUCGACUAGAUGCUUCCUCUUACAUUCUAUUUCUGCAAAACGGCUCUGGUAUGAUGGAAGAAGUCAGCGAAAAGAUUUUCCCAGAUCCUCAGACCCGCCCGAGUUACAUAACGGGAGUCAUCUCGCAUGGCGUCACCCAAAACUCCCCGUUUAACAUCACACAUACGGGGUUCGCGGCAACAUCUUUAGGGCGUGUGCCUAGAUCAGAAACUGCACCAAGCAACGGUGAGAAGGGGGCCGCAUCGUCGUAUCUUUUGGAAGCCCUCCCUCUUGUUCCGAGAUUUAACGCUACUGGAUAUUCCUUCCUGGAUGUAUUUCAGAUGCAGUUAGAGAAGCUGAGCGUCAAUGCAUUCUGCAACCCCCUGUGCGCGCUCAACAACGCCAAGAAUAAGUUCUUAUUCACCAUUCCGGAAAUACGAAAAGCCCUGCUCACCGAAAUUUCAACCGUCAUACAAGCACUUCCGGAACUUCAAGGCCUGGAGGGUGUCACCAGUCGAUUUGCGGUGGAGAAAUUGGAGUCAACAGUGAAUGCGAUCCUGACAAAAACGGCGGAAACAACCUGUUCCAUGGUUGUUGAUCUACGGCAAGGGCGAAAGACUGAGAUUAAGUUUAUUAACGGGUACUGGUGUAGGAGAGGAAGAGAGGUCGGGAUACCGACUCCCAUAAAUGAUAACCUUGUCCGACAGGUCUUGGAGCGGCAAGGAGAUUCUGAGCUGGCAAAGGAAUAUCUGUAA